UCAGAAUACAUAAACCAGGCCAAGCUGAGCAUGACAAUUGGGGGAUUGGGAGAUAUAGCUUUCAGCUGAUUGAAAUGUAUGGUCAGCUUUUCUCAGUCUAGAGCAUAUAAAGAAAUAGACAGGAGUGGGGCUGGAACAUCCCACAAGUCAAAACCCCUACUACAUUGUUACCAAAUAAUGUAGUAUGAACUACAUAAUCUUCAUAGAACACAACCAGAAGAGAAGGGUGCUGGAGCAAUCUUUACUUCUUUUACCCAGGAAGGUCACAACCGCUAUUUUUACCCACAACUGGAGAUUCAAGGUGGGAAAGUUCACCUUUAUGUUGGAGUCGGUGCUGAAGUUGAAGGAUUUGCUGCAAGAAGAAAUUGAGGACCUGGAUCAUGCUGCCACUGAAGCCUGUGAGAAUCCGAAACUCCCGGAGGAAUUCCAUGUGGUGUGUGCUGAGAUUGACGCUCCAAACAUCUUUGUACAACUCAUAAACACGGCAAUGGACGAAUGUGAAAUCUGCGCCAACCCUGCCUGUCCGGGCUGUCUGUGACCUCCAUUACCCUCUCAUCUAUAAGGAUUUUUAUGCACUUGUAUUUUUUGUUUUCUUCUUGAUUGUGACAUGGUGGUGGUCUCAUCUGGACUGCGAUAUGGAAACAGACUCAUCAGGACUGUAAGUGAUCUCACCACGACUGUGGCAUGGAAGUAGUUUCAUCUGGACUGUGAUGUGUAACCAACCUCAUCUGGACUGUGAUAUGGAACCAACCUCAUCUGGACUGUGAUAUGGAACCAACCUCAUCUGGACUGUGAUAUGAAACCAACCUCAUCUGGACUGUGAUAUGGAACCAACCUCAUCUGGACUGUGAUAUGGAACCAACCUCAUCUGGACUAGGACAUAGAGGUCACCUCAUCUGGACUAUGACAUAGAGGUCACCUCAUCUGGACUAGGACAUAGAGGUCACCUAAUCUGGACUGUGACAUGGAGGUCACCUCAUCUGGACUGGGCCAUGGAGGUCACCUCAUCUGGACUAUGACAUGGAGGUCACCUCAUCUGGACUAUGACAUAGAGGUCUCCUCAUCUGGACUAGGACAUAGAGGUCACCUCAUCUGGACUAGGACAUAGAGGUCCCCUCAUCUGGACUAGGACAUAGAGGUCACCUCAUCUGGACUAGGACAUAGAAGUCACCUCAUCUGGACUAUGACAUAGAGGUCACCUCAUCUGGACUAUGACAUAGAGGUCACCUCAUCUGGACUAUAACAUAGAGGUCACCUCAUCUGGACUAUGACAUAGAGGUCACCUCAUCUGGACUAU